AUGACUCCCAAUCCUUCUUUUGUGUUAAACAAAAUCAACGACGUUUCUUUUGUUGAUAGACCAAUUCCUACAAUUACCGAUCCUCACUACGUUAAGAUCAAGGUCAGAAAGACUGGUAUUUGUGGUUCCGAUGUCCAUUACUAUACACAUGGCUCAAUUGGCCAUUUUGUUGUCACUGAACCCAUGGUUCUUGGUCAUGAGUCAGCUGGCGAAAUUGUCGAAGUAGGAGCCGCAGUUAAAACUCUCAAGGUUGGUGACAGAGUGGCCAUGGAACCUGGCAUUCCUUCUCGCUAUUCAGAUGAAUAUAAGUCUGGUCACUAUAAUUUAUGUCCUCAUAUGGCGUUUGCUGCCACUCCCCCAUAUCAUGGUACUCUCACCAGAUACUACUUGCUACCGGAAGAUUUCUGCGUGAAGCUCCCUGAAAAUGUCAGUUUGGAGGAGGGUGCAUUGGCCGAACCUCUUUCGGUUGGUGUUCAUGUAUCCCGACUUGCUAAAAUUUCACCUGGUGAUGUGGUUGUUGUUUUUGGUGCUGGCCCUGUUGGCUUGUUAAUUGCAUCAUGUGCUUUGGCUUUUGGAUCCACAAAGGUAAUUUCUGUUGAUAUUCUCCCUCACAAGCUUGAGAUGGCAAAGAGUGAACUUGGAAUUCCUUACACAUUUCAGCCAGUGAAGGGAGAUUCAUACAAGGAAUCUGCUCAAAAGAUUUGGGAUAUUUUGGGUGGAGUCAAGCCUAACAUUGCUAUUGACGCAUCAGGCGCAGAAGCAUCAAUCAACACAGCAAUCCAUGUCCUUAAGGAAGGUGGUAUGUUUGUCCAAGCUGGUAUGGGAGCGGAUGAAGUUACAUUUCCUAUUGCUGAAUUUUGCUCCAAGGAACUUCAGGCCUCUGGUUGCUUUAGAUAUGGAUAUGGCGAUUACAAACUUGCCGUUGAAUUUAUUGCUUCUGGAAAAGUCCCUGUUAAGAAACUGAUUACUCACCGUUUCAAGUUCACUGAAGCUGAAGAUGCUUUUAAGACAGUUAUGGCUGGAAAGGCAGUCAAGGUUAUUAUUGAUGGACCGGAAGACGAGUAA